ACUUCGAAUAGCCUACUUUAUCUGAGGCCAGGCAUGGAUACGACUUGCGACCUGCAUUAAACCACCCCUUUCACUCCCACCCUCUAUCCCUGUCUCUCACUCACAUUUCUAUUCAAGCUCAUCCGGACAGCCCACAAGCUCUGCAGUCGGUCUAGGAAAACUUACACCCCGUGCCGCUUUCUUCUCAGACAGACAAUCGUUUUGAAAUGCAAUGAGUUUCAAAAACUGGUAAUGCUGCACUCGAUGUGUUUAUUGUGUGUCUGAAUAAAUUUGGAUUAUAGGAAGCACACGUUGACUUUUCUCCAGUAGCUCAGCGGAGUUGUGAUGGAACUGCGGCGCGCCGGGCGAUUUUGCGCCUGGACAGGACACCUGACCUGCUUGGCGCUGGUUGCCUCUGUGUUGGAUUUGGUUCUGGCCCAGAUUCGGUAUAGCAUUCCUGAGGAACUGGAACAUGGGGCUUUUGUCGGAAAUAUAGCUGAAGAUUUAGGUUUGGACGUCAACAAAUUGUCCGCCCGAAGGUUCAGACUUGUUUCAGGUGCAAAGAAGCAGUAUUUGGAGGUGAAUUUGGAGAACGGUGUUUUGUUUGUUAAUGAGAGAAUUGAUCGGGAGGAGCUGUGCGAACAAAACCCAUCUUGUUCAUUUCACCUGCAAGUCGUAAUUGAAAAUCCCUUAGAGUUGUACAGGGUGGAAGUCGAAAUUCUGGAUGUGAACGAUAAUUCCCCAACUUUUCCUUGGAGCGAGUUCAACCUGGAUAUCUCCGAAUCAGCUGUCCCUGGAUCUCGAUUCCCGCUUGAGAGCGCACAGGAUCUAGAUGUCGGUACUAACUCGCUGAACUCCUACCUUUUGAGCGUAAAUGAAUAUUUCUCCAUAGACGUUCAGACCCGCAGUGACGGUAGUAAGUUUGCAGAACUUAUUCUGGAAAGCCCGUUGGACAGGGAACACCAGCAGCUACAUCAGAUGGUUCUGACAGUGGUGGAUGGAGGAUCUCCUGAGCGGUCUGGUACCACAGUGAUAAAUAUAACAGUUCUGGACGCAAAUGAUAAUGCACCUGUGUUCGACGAGUCUUUCUACCGAGUUAGACUUGCUGAAAACGCCCCGAAAGGUACUGUAGUGAUUAAACUAAAUGCAACGGACCUGGAUGAAGGUCCAAAUGGAGACAUCACAUACUCCUUCAGCGGGCACGCGCCGAUGAGAGUACGAGAACUGUUCACCGUUGACCCACGCACCGGCGAAAUAAAAGUCAAAGGGGUCGUGGAUUAUGAAAAGGCAAAGAUGCACGAAAUCUACAUUCAGGCAAAAGACAAGGGUCCAUCCGCGGUGGCCGUGCACUGUAAAGUAAUGGUAAACGUUUUGGACGUGAAUGACAACCUUCCCGAGGUUAUCCUCACUUCUGUAUCUACGCCGGUCCAAGAAGACGCUCAACCCGGCACUGUGAUAGCCGUCAUAAGCGUGAUGGAUAAGGAUUCCGGGGAAAACGGGAAUGUGGACUGUGAGAUUCCCCACCACGUCCCGUUUCAACUCCAUUCAUCUUUCCGAAAUUAUUACACCUUAGUGACAUGCGAUUUUCUUGACAGGGAAGCCAUACCCGAAUACAAUAUCACCCUUACUGCAAGAGACAUGGGCACCCCGCCCCUAUACACCCGUAAAACUAUUGUAGUUCAGGUAUCUGACAUAAAUGACAAUGCUCCCCGAUUCAAGCAGCCUUCUUACACAGUUUACUUAACCGAAAAUAAUGCUCCGGGUGCAUCCAUAUGCUCAGUAUCAGCUACAGAUCCAGACUCGGACCAAAAUGCCUAUUUAUCCUACACUAUUCUAGAGGGUGACAUUCAAGGAAUGCCAGUGUCCACCUAUGUUUCCGUUAACUCAGAUAAUGGAAAUUUGUAUGCACUGCGCUCAUUUGAUCAUGAGCAGCUCAGAAACUUUCAAAUAGUUGUACAAGCGCAAGAUGCCGGUUUCCCCCCAUUACGCGCAAAUGUUACAGUAAAUGUUUUUAUUUUGGAUCAAAAUGACAAUGAACCGAUAAUUGUAUCUCCUUUUCCACAAAAUGGAACGAUGGCGACUGGGAUUUUUCCCAGAUCAGCAGAUGCUGGCUAUUUAGUAACUAAAGUGGAAGCAAUGGAUGCAGACUCGGGGCAAAACUCGCGUCUGUUUUACCAGAUCCUCCAGGCUUCGGACCCGACCCUAUUUACCGUGGCCUUGUAUACAGGGGAGAUCAGAACAAUUCGCCGACUGGUAGAAAAGGACUCCGUAAGGCAAAAGCUUGUCGUUCUGGUGAAGGACAACGGUCAGCCACCCCUAUCGGCCACUGCCUCCAUCAUGUUGUCAGUUGUUGACAGAUUGCCAGAAUCCCUGCCAGAUUUUGGUGACCUUGCGCGCGGCCCCCGGUUCAACUCCAAUCUAACAUUGUACUUAAUAGUAUCCCUGGGCGCAAUUUCAUUCACAUUUCUGGUGGCUAUUAUUGUCCUGGCCACGAUCAGAGCCUACAGGGACAAACAUUCCAUCCGGGGAUGCACCCUCUCCAUCAGCUCGUGCUGCGGAUAUCGCUCAGAGACAUCUUCCACAGAUGUCAUUAAAAAGUCCAACUUAAAUGUGCAGAUAUCCUCGGGAACCAAAGGACCCACAAACCGCGUAGAGGUAAAUGGUACCAGUGCACUCGACCCGAACUACUGCUACAAAAUGUGCUUGACCCCGGAAUCAUCUAAGAGUGACUUUACCUUCCUAAAGCCAUGCAGCCCAACUGUCUCAACUCUCCGAAAUAACACAAAGGGGGUCGACCGGUCAACAUCUACCUGGAGCCCACAGCACCGUCUGGCGAACAAUGGGAGCACUUCUCCAAAUGAGCUGCAGUUCGUGGCAGCAAACAAGGACUGGACCUUGACAAAGAACCAAUAUAAUUAUGCACAGAAGAGCUCUGUGGGCUCAGCUCAUAUGGCCAAGACCCUACAGCGAAGGCCUACGCAUGAACCAGACAGUUUCACGAAUUCGAUUGGGCCACAGUACUGGACCUGGGGGAGUCACAUGCGAGACUACAAGAUGACUAUGUCCUCACAAGUCGGUGGGAUACCAAACCGAUGCUGGACGCCCAGGUACCCUCCGCACAGUACAUCCCAACCACCGCCUGACUACCAACACAACGUCUACAUCCCGGGCGCUGCAUCCAUGCAGUGUACCAUCAAGCUCGCCAACUGUGACAACCUAGAUAUGUACAACUCAUUUUCUACGUUUGGGAAGAAGAAGAAGAAGCUCAUUUGUAAUUAUGACCACAAAGAGGAUUCUGUGCUUACCAACGAUCUUUUCAACUGAACCCCAGCUACCGGACAACUUGAAAAAAACUAUUUACUUAAAACUGAACUUAUUCCCGCAAACGCAUCUGUUUGGUAAGGUAGUAAACAUUUGGAGUAUGAUGUUAAUAUAUCUAAUCUAAGCUAUUUAUGUUUUUCACAUUUGCUAUAGUAAUAGUUUUCUGAUCUUUCUGAUCGUAUGAUUUUACGAUAUUGUAAUUAUUAUUUUGUACUCGGCGCUGUUGUCACCAAAGUAAAUCGGGCCUAUAGAUGACCACACAGCGACGAUGAUGUUGGACAGUACAAUUCAGAGAAGAUGAGAAUCCACAAUUUUUGCAUAAUGCAACCUUUGAGAGACACAGUAUUUAUCACUCCAUUUUAUAUGUAUAUAAUCUUGGCAUUGAUUCUUACAUGAAUAAAUGUACAUAUAAUUAAUGCAAA